CGAAGGGUAAAGUCUGAUACCUCAGCCAGCGAUGCAGGGUCUCGUAGAGUUCGUGACAGAACAUCUUAUAAACAUUGAAGUCCAGACAAGUUACUCCAUUUUUUUCUCUCAACCAAAUUCAGAGUCUCCAAAAUAUCCAUUUUCAUUGAAUUCCCAUGGGACAGGAGAAGGGAAAAUUAUGUGAGGAAUAUGAAAUCUUGGACAUCCUAGGAAGAGGAGGAUUCUCAGUUGUGAGGAGGGGAAUCAAGAAAACAAAUGGAGAUGAGAAAAGUAGUCAUCAAGUUGCCGUCAAAACACUAAAAAGGUUUGGCAGUGGUGCUUCAGCUUCAACCCCAUCAGGAAAUUUCCCACGUCCACCUCGAGUUGGUACUGGGAAAACCAUAGCUUCGAUGGAAUUUUCAAAAUGGAAUCAGAUUUCAAUCUCGGAUGCUUUGUUGACAAAUGAGAUUUUGGUUAUGAGAAAGAUUGUGGAAAAUGUUUCACCCCAUCCAAAUGUGAUUGAUCUCUACGAUGUCUAUGAGGAUCAAAGUGGGGUUCACUUGGUCUUAGAACUAUGUUCAGGAGGGGAGUUGUUUGAUCGGAUUGUGGCUCAAGAAAGGUACUCAGAGGCUGGAGCUGCAGCUGUGGUUAGACAGAUUGCACAAGGAUUAGCAGCACUUCACAAGGCCAACAUUGUCCAUAGGGAUCUGAAGCCUGAGAAUUGCCUUUUCUUAAACAAAAGUGAGGAUUCGACAUUGAAGAUCAUGGACUUCGGAUUGAGUUCAGUGGAAGAGUUUACUGAUCCAGUUGUUGGGUUAUUUGGUUCUAUAGAUUAUGUGUCACCAGAAGCUCUUUCUCAAGGCAAAAUCACUUCCAAGGCUGAUAUGUGGUCUUUGGGAGUCAUCUUAUAUAUCUUACUCUCCGGGUAUCCACCAUUUUUUGCUCAAUCAAAUAGGCAAAAACAACAGAUGAUAAUGGCUGGAGAAUAUAAUUUCGAUGAGAGGACUUGGAAAAACAUUUCCUCAUCAGCAAAGCAUUUGAUUUCUAAUCUGUUGCAAGUUGACCCUGACAGAAGACCAAGUGCUGAACAACUUCUGGCUCAUCCAUGGGUGAUUGGGGAUUCAGCCAAACAGGAACAAAUAGAUGCUGAGGUUGUUUCAAGACUUCAAAGUUUUAAUGCACGCCGUAAACUACGUGCUGCAGCAAUAGCUAGUGUGUUGAGCAGCAAGGUUUUACUGAGGACAAAGAAGUUGAGGACUUUGCUUGGUUCCCAUGACCUUACAAAGGAGGAAAUUGACAACCUUAAGACAAAUUUUAAGAAAAUAUGUGCUAAAGGUGACAAUGCUACUUUAGCUGAAUUUGAAGAGGUGCUAAAAGCAAUGAAAAUGUCAUCACUACUCCCAUUGGCUACCCGUAUCUUUGACCUAUUCGACAGCAAUCGUGAUGGAACUGUGGACAUGAGGGAAAUUGUUUGUGGAUUUUCCACCCUCAGAAAUUCAAAAGGAGAUGAUGCUCUCCACUUGUGCUUCGAGAUGUAUGACACAGAUCGAUCUGGUUGCAUUACCAAAGAAGAACUAGCAUCAAUGCUUAGAGCUUUGCCCGAUGACUGUCUUCCACCGGAUAUCACCGAACCUGGAAAAUUAGAUGAAAUAUUUGAUCGGAUGGAUGCAAACAGUGAUGGAAAGGUUACAUUCGAUGAAUUCAAGGCUGCCAUGCAAAGAGACAGUUCACUUCAAGACGUUGUCCUCUCUUCUCUUCGUCAACAAUAGUAUUCCCAUCUUUUCCAUUAGUAUCAAUUACUAUUAGUUGCACGAGUUUUCUUCUUUCAAAUCUUUGUUUCGACAUUUUAUGUUGUAGGUGAUAUACAUUAGGCACUUAAUGAGUUUUGAUCAAUAGUACUAUCAUAUAAUUACUCUUUGAAUGAAUAGAAUAAUUAUUUUAGGCUGCUCCCACUUCAACUUCUUUUAUAGUUGUUGAUAUAACUUUCCGGUUGGUGACUUAUAAGGAGUUUGUUGGAAGCUUAGCUGGGCAGCUGACGUGGCUUGCGACAAAGAGAAAAGUCAGGGGAGCCAGAAGUAGUACACCAAGGCGCUUUUUGAAUCUCAGGUCAGCCAAAUAUAAGAAAAAGGUAGGAAAAAAGAGUGGGAGAAAGAGGGAACAUGAAAGGAUUGAGGGAAGUUGAGAAUAUGGCUCCUGUUUAGUCCGAUACUACCUUUUAUGUCUCAUGCUAAAGACACGUCUGAUUGACUUGUCAUAUGUUAAAUUUGCUAAAAUUGUGAUUUAAAGUAUUGCUGACGUGACAAUCAAUAACGAUCAAAGUAAACCAAUCAUAAUCAAUGGUACCAUAAUAGUAGCAGAAUAUUUUCAAAAUUCAUAAUGAUAAUUUAUACGAGAAUGAUUAUUCUUUAAUGGAUAAGCAUGAUAUUGCAAUUAAUAAUGUUAGUCAUGAUGCUAGAACAUUUUUGGUAGGGGUAUUCAAUGGUUAAAAGGGUAAAAUAGUAUUUUGUAGCAUGAGAGUGACUAUUUUUUAACAGGAGGCAUUUUGAACAUUUAGAUUGAGUUGAUGUGUUAGUCAAACUUGAACUAUCGAAAUCCAUGUAAGCUCAGUCUGUUUUGUAAGACCAUCUGAACGUAUGUGGAUAAACUGACUUAUCAUCUCUCAAUUAUAUUUCCCUCUGACAUGUUAGAUCGAGUCAAUCCUGUCAGCUUUAGACUCGACUUUCAAAGCUCGGGUCACGUAGAUCUAGAAACUUCCUUUCGAGUAUAAGAACCUCAUCUCAUUCCAAGCAUGGGAAAGCAAUUCACCACCUUUUCCUUCUAAGUUUCUUUUUUUUUCUCUCUUUUUCAAGCAUUGACUUGAGUAUCGAAGCACAAGUAUCAAAAUACAUUUGGCCUUUAGUUCUAAUUGACCUUCGAUCUUGUGAUUUCAAGUCUUUGCCUUCUUAAGCCAGCUCGGCACCAACAUUUUGACGUGUUAGGCAUGGGAAAUUUUCCAUUAAGCUGAGCUUAAUAUGUUGCCUUAGAAGAGAGCCAUAGAAGAGGGAGAUAAUAUUGUUGCAACUAAAAUUAAUUCCUAGCUUAGCCAUCCUAGCUCAAAUCAACCUAUCUAGAUUGCACCAAGCUUGGAGCAAUUUGA